CCCAGUCCCUCCCACAUCACCAUCACCAUGUUCCUCAGCCUUAUCCCGGUCGCGUUCAUAGCUGCCUUUGUAUGGUACUACAAGCGUAUAGCGUGUGCCCGCCCACCAAAUGGCUACAUAUCCGCGCCAGGCCCGAAAGGCCUCCCCAUCAUCGGCAAUGCGCACCAACUGGGCGCGCAACCGCACCGCCAAAUCAUGGCUUGGGCCUCCCAAUACGGCGAAAUCUACAAGAUCCGCCUCGGCUGGAACGACUGGUACAUGCUAUGCUCGCCCGAUGCGGUGAAAGAAGUCUUGGACAAGCAGUCCAAGGAUAGCAGUUCGCGGGCGCCGAGCCCCGUCGCUAGCGAUGCGCUGAGCGGCGGGAUGCGAUUCUUGUUCAUGCCGUAUGGGAGCGAGUGGAGGAAGUUGAGGGGUAUUAGUCAUAGAUUGCUGACGCCGGCCGUGAGUGCGACGUUCAAGCCGAGUCAGGAGUGGGAGGCGCGGAUGCUGCUGGAGGAGGUGCUAAAGGGAGGGGAUGUGGAGAGGGGGAAUGAGGUUGGGUAUAAGGCGGUGAGGAGGUAUACGGUUAGUGUUAUUAUGACGAGUACGUAUGGGAGGAGGAUUCCCCAGUGGGAAUGCGAUGAAGUUCGCGAAAUCUAUGGCAUCAUGACCGACUUCUCCAACGUGGCCGCUCCGGGCGCAUAUUUGGCGGACUCAGUACCCCCACUUGGCAAACUCCCGCCGCGUCUGCAGUGGUGGCGCAAGGGAUUGAAACCGCUCUUCGAGCGCCAGGCCAAUCUGUGGAUGUCCUUCUGGUCGUCGUUGAAAACGCAGAUGGAGACCAAGCAAGCACCCGAAUGCUUCGUCAAGCAGGUCAUUGAAAGCAACUACGAGAAGCAAGGCAUCACCGAGCUUCAAGCCGCCUUUCUCGCGGGCUCGCUCAUCGAAGCUGGAUCCGAGACGACGUCAGCGGGAACAAACGCCGCGAUCCUAUAUCUCUCAGCUUACCCCGAAGUCCGCGCGAAAGCGUACGAAGAGCUCUCGAGAGUCGUAGGCACCUCCCGCUCCCCAGCCUUCGACGACGAAAAAGACUUGCCCUAUAUCAGAGCCAUUGUCAAAGAAACCAUGCGCGUCCGCCCCGUCACCAACAUCGGCACGCCCCACUACACCACCGGCCCCAUAACCUACAAAAACAUCUUCAUCCCCGCAAACUCCGUCGUCGCCCUCCAGCAAUACCCCAUCCACUACGACUCCUCCCUCUUCCCAGACCCCGAGCGCUUCAAUCCCGAUCGCUUCCUCGCCUACCCCGAGAAAUCGGGCUUCUACGCCGGCGGGGCCGCUUCGGAGCGUGAUCAUUGGAAUUUUGGUGCGGGGAGACGGAUCUGCUCGGGCCUGCAUCUUGCGGAGAAUAGCAUGUUUAUUGUGUUGGCGAAGUUGCUGUGGGCGUUUGAUAUUUGUCCGCCGCUGGAUGAGCAGGCGAGGACGAUGAAGGUGGAUUUGAGCGAUGAGGCGUUUGAGCCGGGGGCGAAUACGAUUCCGAAGCCGUAUCGCGUGCGGUGGGUGUGUAGGGGGGAGGAGACGAGAAGGGCCAUUGAGAGGGAGGCGAUGGAGGCGCGGAGGGAAGGGUAUGUGCUGAGGGGAGUGAAGGUAGGGGAGGAGGGGAUUGAG